AUGGAAAGUGUUUUUCAAACUAUAAAGCAUAUUAAUAGGGACUUUGAAGUCAAUCCAAGCUUAAUUGACUUGGCAAACUGUAUUGCUGGUAUCCUCGGUGCGAUUGCUACCAUCUUGAUAGAGGAGUACUCCGAUGCUCAUCGUCUUAUCCUUAAUUAUAUACAUGCUGGCAUGCCAGAGUCUGAACGUGACUCUCUAACAACCAUUCACAACAAAGUAUGCAAGUAUUUAGAUUGGUCUAAAGAUUAUUAUCGUUUCUUUGACAAGGAGAACUCUUGGCGUGUAUUUUGUUCACGUGAUGACUUGGAAAAGUACCAUAGUUUCGAGUUGGAGAAACACAAGAAUGACGAUGGAAGUAUUGCCCCGUCCUCUGCAGAGGAAGAGGAGUUAGACCACUACUUCUUGGUUCUCGAUAAGGCUAUACAGCAAUUCUAUUGUUCAAUGACAAUGCGUGAGCGUUCUCCACUCACCGUUGAGGAGCUAUCUACCAAAGGUACUUCGCCCGUAUAUUCAAAGAAAGAGUACAACUACAACACAAAGAGUGGUAACAGCAAUAUCCUUAUAAGCGGUAGCUUCAAAAUGGCUUUUGCUGUAGCAUUUAUCUAUAUGGCCACACAUAUCUUUCCAAAGAUUUCUCAUCAUGUUCAAGUGGAGUUAUAA